GAGCCCGCACGCCGCGGGUCCCCAAGUUCAGGGGCGACACCCCUCCUAGGAGGGGGGGCGAUCCUCCGCGGUGAGCACGCCGGCCCCGUCGACCCCGGCCGGCCCUCGGCGCCCAGCGCCCGCCCGGGUCCCCGGAGACGCCCGCGCGCCCCGGCGGGGCCAUGCCCGGGCUGCGCCGGGACCGCCUGCUGACCCUGCUGCUGCUGGGCGCGCUGCUCUCCGCCGACCUCUACUUCCACCUCUGGCCCCAGGUGCGGCGCCAGCUUCGGCCCCGGGAGGACCCGCGGGGCUGCCCGUGCGCCCGGCGCGCCUCGUCCCCGGCCCCGGACUCCGCCGCCGCCUCCCCGAACCCCCGCGCGGCCGCGCGCAACUUUUCCCGAGCCGGGCCCGGCGCUGAGCGGCGCGGCGGCCGCGGCUCCAAGCUGCAGGCCCUCUUCGCCCACCCGCUGUACCGCGUCCCGGAGGAGCCGCAGCUCCUCGGGCCCGAGGACUCGCUCCUGGCCAGCCAGGAGGCGCUGCGGUACUACCGGAGGAAGGUGGCCCGCUGGAACAGACGACACAAGAUGUACAAAGAGCAGCUCAACAUCACCUCCAACGACGCUCCCCUGCAGCUCCGACUCGAGGCCAGCUGGGUCCAGUUCCACCUGGGGAUCAGCCGCCACGGGCUGUACUCCCGGUCCAGUCCUGUCGUCAGCCAACUCCUCAAGGACAUGAUGCGCUUUCCCACCAUCAGUGCUGAUUAUAGUCAGGACGAGAAGGCCUUGCUUGGGGCAUGUGACUGCACCCAGAUUGUGAAACCCAGCGGGGUCCACCUCAAGCUGGUCCUCAGGUUCUCAGACUUCGGGAAGGCCAUGUUCAAACCCAUGAGACAGCAGCGAGAUGAAGAGACACCCGCCGACUUCUUCUACUUCAUCGACUUUCAGAGACACAAUGCCGAGAUCGCAGCUUUCCACCUGGACAGGAUUCUGGACUUCCGGCGGGUGCCACCCACAGUGGGGAGGCUAGUCAAUGUCACCAAGGAAAUCCUCGAGGUCACCAAGAAUGAAAUCCUGCAGAGUGUUUUCUUCGUGUCUCCAGCCAGCAACGUGUGUUUCUUUGCCAAGUGCCCGUACAUGUGCAAGACCGAAUACGCCGUGUGCGGCAACCCCCACCUGCUGGAAGGCUCCCUCUCCGCGUUCCUGCCGUCCCUCAACCUGGCCCCCAGGCUGUCUGUGCCCAACCCCUGGAUCCGAUCCUACUCGCUGGCAGGGAAAGAGGAGUGGGAGGUCAAUCCACUCUACUGUGACACCGUGAAGCAGAUCUACCCGUACAACAGCAGCAACCGCCUCCUCAACAUCAUCGACAUGGCCAUCUUCGACUUCCUGAUAGGAAAUAUGGACCGGCACCAUUACGAGAUGUUCACCAAAUUCGGGGAUGAUGGGUUCCUCAUUCACCUUGACAAUGCCAGAGGGUUUGGACGACACUCCCAGGACGAACUCUCCAUCCUCUCGCCGCUGUCCCAGUGCUGCAGGAUAAAAAAGAAAACACUUUUGCACCUACAGCUGCUGGCCCAGGCCGAAUACAGACUCAGUGACGUGAUGCGGGAGUCUUUGCUAGAAGACCAGCUUAGCCCCGUCCUCACAGAGCCCCAUCUUCUGGCCCUGGACCGGAGACUCCACAUCAUCCUGCAGACAGUGGAGGGGUGCGUGGAGGCCCACGGAGAGCAGAAUGUCAUAGCCACUGACCCAGCACAACAGUCCGCCCCAGACUCUAGCCAGGCUAACUUGACAAGCUAAGGGCAGGAUGAAGCCAGACCUCAGGAACUACCCCGGAGCCAACCAUGUACUCGGGUGUGGACCACUGCUUCCUCGCAGCCCCAGGAGAGGCUGGGUCAAGAGCUCUGGAAGAGGUAGGGCACUGGGAUGAUUCCACAAGAGCAAGAGGGAUCCGCUGAACUUUCUUCCUUGGUGCAUGGCUUCUCUAGUGGACCUCCUUGGCUCCCUCUUUCCCAGAAAGUACUGUUUCAUCAACGCUACAGACCAUGUCCUGAGUCCACUGGGAAAUCUGGGUGAGAGUCGGGCUUGGAAGGUUUGGGAGCCUUGUCCCAGGAAAGAGUAGAACAAAUAAAAUUAAAGGACACCAUGGACACCUA